AACUCAGGGCUCUCCCGGAACCUCUUCACUCGGGGAGGACAGGAGCGGGGGAACUCUAGUCUCGAAAGACCAGGGCUGCAGGGGGACGUUUCACCUGAAGGACUGCCUCGUUUCAACAACAACUUUAUGGCUCCCGGAAGUACCUCCUCCCCAUCCCCUUCCUAGCCUCACGCCCGUGGGCUGCAGUUGGAGCAAUGGCUGCCGGGCCAGGCCACGGGUCUGGACCUGGGGACUCCCCGGAGGGCCCCGAAGCGGAGGCUCCAGAGCGUCGGAGGAAGGCGCACGGGAUGCUGAAGCUUUACUACGGCCUCUCGGAGGGGGAAGCGGCCGGGCGCCCCGCGGGAACAGACCCCCUGGACCCGAUUGAUCUCAACGGGGCGCACUUCGACCCGGAAGUGUAUCUGGACAAGCUGCGGAGAGAGUGCCCCCUGGCCCAGCUGAUGGACAGUGAGACGGACAUGGUGCGGCAGAUCCGGGCUCUAGACAGCGACAUGCAGACCCUGGUCUAUGAGAACUACAACAAGUUCAUCUCAGCCACAGACACCAUCCGGAAGAUGAAGAACGAUUUCCGGAAGAUGGAGGACGAAAUGGACCGGCUGGCCACCAACAUGGCCGUCAUCACGGACUUCAGCGCGCGCAUUAGCGCCACACUGCAGGACCGCCACGAGCGCAUCACCAAGCUGGCAGGUGGGCGCCGCCUAGCGAGCGGGGCUUCCCCUCCGGUGGGCCACCCUUGGGGUCUGGGGAUAACCACAUCCUGGUCCGCAGGGGUCCACGCGCUGCUGCGGAAGCUGCAGUUCCUUUUCGAGCUGCCUUCGCGCCUCACCAAGUGCGUGGAGCUGGGCGCCUACGGGCAGGCAGUGCGCUACCAGGGCCGCGCGCAGGCCGUGCUGCAACAGUACCAGCACCUGCCCUCGUUCCGCGCCAUCCAGGACGACUGCCAGGUCAUCACAGCCCGCCUGGUUCAGCAGCUGCGACAGCGCUUCAGGGAGGGCGGCUCAGGCGCCCCUGAGCAGGCUGAGUGCGUGGAGCUGCUGCUGGCCCUGGGCGAGCCGGCGGAAGAGCUGUGCGAGGAGUUCCUGGCGCACGCCCGUGGGCGGCUGGAGGAGGAACUGAGAAGCCUGGAGGCCGAACUGGGGCCCUCUCCUCCGGCUCCCGAUGUGUUAGAGUUCACAGACCAUGGUGGCAGUGGCUUUGUGGGCGGCCUCUGCCAGGUGGCAGCGGCCUACCAGGAGCUGUUUGCUGCCCAGGGCCCUGCUGGUGCCGAGAAAUUGGCAGCCUUUGCCCGGGAGUUGGGCGGCCGCUACUUUGCGCUGGUGGAGCGCCGGCUGGCACAGGAGCAGGGUGGCGGCGACAACUCGCUGCUGGUGCGGGCGCUGGACCGCUUCCACCGGCGCCUACGGGCCCCUGGGGCCCUGCUGGCAGCUGCCGGGCUCGCUGAGGCUGCCACAGAAAUUGUGGAGCGAGUGGCCCGUGAGCGCCUGGGCUACCACCUGCAGGGCCUACGGGCAGCCUUCCUGGGUUGCCUGACUGAUGUGCGCCAGGCUCUGGCUGCGCCUCGCCUGGCUGGGAAGGAGGGCCCAGGCCUGGCCGAGUUGCUGGCCAAUGUGGCCAGCUCCAUCCUGAGCCACAUCAAAGCUUCUCUGGCCGCAGUGCACCUCUUCACCGCCAAGGAGGUGUCCUUCUCCAACAAGCCCUACUUCCGGGGUGAAUUCUGCAGCCAGGGCGUCCGUGAGGGCCUCAUCGUGGGUUUCAUCCGCUCCAUGUGCCAGACAGCUCAGAGCUUCUGUGACAGCCCUGGGGAGAAGGGGGGUGCCACGCCACCUUCCCUGCUCCUGCUGCUCUCCCGCCUCUGCCUAGACUAUGAGACAGCCACCAUCUCCUACAUCCUCACCCUCACUGAUGAACAAUUUCUGGUGCAGGACCAGUCUCCAGUGACGCCCGUGAGCACACUGUGUGCAGAGGCCAGGGAGACAGCGCGGCGACUGCUGACCCACUAUGUGAAGGUACAGGGCCUGGUCAUAUCGCAGAUGCUGCGCAAGAGUGUGGAGACCCGGGACUGGCUCAGUACCCUGGAGCCCCGGAACGUGCGUGCCGUCAUGAAGCGGGUGGUAGAAGACACCACGGCCAUUGACGUGCAGGUGGGGCUCCUGUAUGAAGAGGGUGUUCGCAAGGCCCAGAGCAGCGACUCCAGCAAGAGGACCUUCUCCGUGUACAGCAGCUCUCGGCAGCAGGGCCGCUAUGCACCCAGCUAUACACCCAGUGCCCCAAUGGACACCAACCUCUUGAGCAACAUCCAGAAGCUAUUCUCUGAACGUAUUGAUGUGUUCAGCCCUGUGGAGUUCAACAAGGUGUCCGUGCUGACUGGUAUCAUCAAGAUCAGCCUGAAGACGUUGCUAGAGUGUGUCCGGUUGCGCACCUUUGGGCGCUUUGGGUUGCAGCAGGUGCAAGUGGACUGCCAUUUUUUGCAGCUCUACCUGUGGCGCUUUGUGGCCGAUGAGGAGCUCGUGCACCUGCUGCUGGACGAAGUGGUGGCCUCAGCUGCCCUUCGCUGCCCCGACCCAGUGCCAAUGGAGCCCAGUGUGGUCGAGGUCAUCUGCGAGCGCGGCUAGGCCCAGCAGCUGCUGUGCACAGGCCUACGCUGGCGUCUAGCCUGCCCAUGCCCUGGCCCUGGCGGUCAUUUCCAGCCGGCAGGUGUCAGGACCCGCCUAAUAAACGUGUGUGGCCUCCUC